ACCCCCGGUGCCAGCCAUGGGUGCGGGGCUCGUGCGCGCCUUCCUCACCCUCCUCUUCCUCCCAGCGGUCCGCCCCUGGGGGGUGCUGGAGCUGCGGGUGCUGUCGGCGCGGGGGGGGGCGGGGGGCCCCCUCGUUUUCCGCCUCUGCCUGCGCCCCCCCGGGGGGGGCGGCUGCUCCCUGGGGGUCACCCACAGCCCCCCCGGGCCCCCCCCGCGCCCCGGAGCCCCCCGGACCCUGCGCCUGCCCCUCGCCUACCCCUGGCCGGCCACUGUGUCCCUCAUCAUCGAGUCCUGGCGGCUGGAGGAGGCUGAAGGCUCCGGGGCCCCCCGGGGCCGCCUCCUUGGCCGCGCCGUGACCCGGCAGCACCUCUCCCCUGGGGGGCCCUGGCGGGGGGGGGGGGGGGGGGGGCUCCGCUUCGGGACCCGCCUGCGCUGCCGCCCCCCCCCCUGCGCCCGCCGCUGCCGCCCCGCCCUCCCCCCCGCCUGCCGAGGCCCCUCUCCCCGCCGCUGCUGGAGCCCCCCCCGCCGUGGGUGUCGGGAUCCCUGCGCACCCCCCAAAGGCAGCGCCUGCAGCAAGGGGGGGCUCUGCAUGGUGAGUGGGGGACCCCCGCCCGGCCCGCACACAGGGAAUGGCACCGGGAGCAUUGGGAAUGGCACCAGGAGCAUCAGGAAUGGCAGCAGGGACACCGGGAAUGACACCGGGACCACCAACGGUGGCACUGGAAGCGCUGGAGAUGGCCCCAGUGGCCCCAGUGGCACCGGCAUCGGCAACGGGAGCACUGGAAGAGGUACUGGGAGCACCGGGAGAGGCACCGGGAGCACCGGGAAUGGCACCGGGAGCACCAACGGUGGCCCUGCAGGCACCGGCGCUGUCACCAGUGAUGGUACUGGGAGCACUGGGGACAUUGGGAAUGACACCGGGAGCACCAGGACUGGAGCACUCGGAUCACCGGGAACGGCUCCGGCGGUUCCGGGAUCGCCCUCGCCGGCCCCGGUCCCCCUGGAGCCGUCCCCGUGCGCCCUCGGGCCCUGCUUCAACGGCGGCGCCUGCGCCCCCCGCGGCCGCGGCUUCUCCUGCCGCUGCCCCCCCGGCUUCCGCGGAGCCAACUGCGAGCGGCGCAGCGACGGCUGCGCCCUGCAGCCGUGUCUGCAUGGCGGGCAGUGCCGCUCCGUUCCGGCGGGCAGUCCCCCGUCCCCGUUCCCGUUCUCCCCCGUUCUUGUUCUUCCCCCGUUCCCGUCCCCGUUCCCGUUCCCGUUCUCCCCCGUCCCCGUUCCCGUUCUCCCCCGUUCUUGUUCUUCCCCCGUUCACGUCCCGUUUCCCCCCCCCCCCCCCCCCCCGCCAGGCGGGCAGUGCCGCCCCUCCCCCUCCGGCGCCCCCCUGUGCCGCUGCCGCCCGGGGUUCCGCGGCCGCCGCUGCGAGCGCAACGUGGACGAGUGCAGCCCGAACCCGUGCGCCAACGGCGGCACGUGCCAGGACGGCGCCAACGCCUUCCACUGCGCAUGCACGCUGGGCUACGGCGGCCGCCGCUGCCAGGAGCGCGCCGACGCCUGCGCCUCGGGGCCGUGCCGCCACGGCGCCACGUGCUACACGCACAUCUCCGGGCACGUCUGCGCCUGCGCGCACGGCUACAUGGGCGCGCUCUGCGAGGAGCCGGUGCCGGGGGCGCGCGCGCCGCGGGCCCCGCCCCCACCCCCACCCCCCCUCGUGCUCGCGCUCGCGCUCGGGUGCGCGCUGCCCGCGGCCGCGCUGGGGGCGGCGCUGGGGCUGGCGGCGUGCGGGAGGAGGAGGAGCAGGGCAGAGAGGUGA